GGCGUGAAAUCGAUAAUGUUACCCUACCGAAACUAUUCGGUAUAAAUUACGCGUAAUGCGUCUAAUAACGUUAGGAAGUUUCACUCAGUGUGUCGUCAGAUAACGCAGAACAUUUUCAAACAAUCUUAUGUAGGCUUAAUAGCGUUAGGUAAACAGAUGGAUGAUAUAGCUAGCUACCUAUGAUACCAAUUAAGAAUAAAUUUCUCGCGGGUAGGUACCUAGUUAGUCUAAUUACUCUUCUCAAGGUUGUUAGCACUUAGUGUCUUAACACUAACUAGCCAACAUUAGCUACCGUUUUUAGCUAGCUAUCUAUUGACUUAUUUAGCUACCGGGCUGUCCAGUAGCUAGCUAACUAAAUCAGCAAUGUCAGUCCAUUUUGAGGAGAGAAGUGGGAUUGUGCCCUGUCAGACAUCAUGGGGUGUGUGGUAUCAGACGAUGGAAGAAGUUUUUAUCGAAGUGAAUGUGCCGCAGGGAACGUCUGCCAAAGAGGUCAAGUGUGUCCUCGGCAGCAAAGAAAUAGAGCUCUUCGUAAAAGGACGGGAAAUACUGAAGGGGAAAUUAUUUGGAACCACUGUUGCUGAUGAAGGAACAUGGACUCUCGAGGACAAGAAGCUGAUCCGGAUUGUUCUGAUGAAGUCAAACCGGGAGGCGGGGAAUUGCUGGCAGUCUCUGCUGGAGGGGGAGUACUGCGCUAAUGCUUGGGUCCAGGAUCAGAUGCAGAGGAAACUAACGCUGGAGAGGUUUCAGAGGGAGAAUCCGGGAUUUGACUUCAGCGGCGCAGAGAUUUCUGGGAACUUUCAUGGGGGUGGACCAGAUUUUUCCAAUUUAAAGUAAAAAAAAUAUAUAUAAUAUACAGUAUACGGUAUACAUAUACGGUAUGUUCCUGAAAGGUGGUACACUGAGUAUAUGAGAUGGCAAGCUGACACAUUAAAGCCCAGAUGUAAAGGCACUCAUCCUUGACCAUCUCCUGAUGACUGUCAUUUGGGGCAAAAAAAAGAUCCAGUAUUGAACACAGCCGGGAAACGCUUGAGCUGUUGGGAUGUUAUGCCAUUUUUUUCCCACCGGGAAUAGCAGAGAUGUCCUUCAGUGGUACUGCUGAUAAAUAUGAAUGAGAAGCCUCAGCCUCAUACUGGUUAAAUAUAUCACAAGUACCUUCUAAGCCUCAUUUCUUUAGGGAUUUUAGAUAUGCCUUCUGGGGAAAAAAUAUGAGGCUGGAUUAGUAUUCAGUACUGUCUGAAAUGAAGUCUUGUAUGAAAAGGCUUACCUUCAGUAACAGGUUUAUUUGAAGUAGACUGAUCCAUAACAAAUUUAUAUUUUUGCAAAACAGUAUCGGGAUAUUACCUGACCCAUACCAGUGCAUGCAUUCGACAUAACGCCAAGCUCAGGAUUGUACUCAGAAAAUUAAAUUGUGAUUUUAGCCACUUGAGAAUGCGUGGAUAUUCUUAGGUCAAACUUGCCAUCAGUUCCAUUCUUUUUUGUUGGCAAUGAGCUAUUAAAAUGCAAAGGAAUAUUUCAUCUUUGUGUGAGUGAAGCCCUUUAACUGCACAUUGUUCACAUUUGUAUAGAUAUUGGUUGUUAGACCAGAAAUGGUAACCCAAAUAUAAAUGUUUGCAUAUUGUUACACUGUCUGGGCAUCUUGGAUUUGUAAUAAAUGUUUUCUCAAAUAACACACACGCUGCAUUUCAAUGUUUUAUUGGAAGGUCAAACUUUAAAACAUACAUCAGAUUGUGCUGUAGCAGGGGUUCCACAAAGCUUCCAAUUCAGACAACACAAUCACUUCAUGUUAAAAAUCAGAAAAUUCAUUUCAGAUUUUUAACAGAAAGUAUGAAAACUUUGGCACUUCUCAGACACAUGAAAUUAAAGGUAUUACUACGAUGUAUUUAUGAAAGCCAAUUUUCACCACUGUGCACCCUCAAUCCAUGUUCACAUUCACCUCCACAAAUGGUGCCCAGUUCAUAAGUUUUAAUCAUCCCAAUUUUUUUGCAACAUAGAAACCCAAGAUUUCCAAAAAGGGAAGUCUGUAUCCUAUAAAAUUAACAAAUGUGUAUGCUUCAAUGUUUUAACCAUCUGUAAAGGGUGUUAGUGUCUACAUUACAGUAUGCAGAUUAAGGUUCGGUUUCUCUCUGAUCCAAGACACCACAAUCCACAACAUUGUAACAUUACCAAAACAAAGGGAGGAAAAAAAAAAUAAUAAAAAAGGUUUUCAUGACCAUGAGCAGGAGUGUGCAUUCGGAUAGUUCAGCUACCUAGGGUGGAAGUUAAGGGUUUUGGGCCCGAUUUCUUGGUUGUGUUUUUUAAGCAUUCACAAAACCCUUCUCCCUCCUCUUCCACAUAGUGGACUGAGGACCUAGGUGGUUCAAUACUUCAUUGCUUUAAACCAUCACCAGUGCCAAGAACUACUUCAGAAUCAUGGCGCCGAUUAGAAUGAGAAUAGAUACACAAGCCUCCAACCACUAAAGA